GCGAUCCUCCUACCUCAGCCUCCCAUGUUCUAGGAGUGCUGGGGUUACAGCCUGGCACAGCCUCAUUCUUACAGGAAAACUGAUAAGCACAAUGCAUACAUCUGGCCUGACACCACAGACAUUUGAAUCUCCACCCUGUUACUCCUGGGGGGUGUCGUAGUCUGUAGGACCCAGCCCCUUGGAUUUGGAAUUGAGUACACAAAACUACAAAUACUCUGCCCAUAGAGACCAGGGCUCAGCUAGAGGCACAGGGUCCAGGAAAAAGAGCGCCUUUGCCCCUCCUUAUCUAACUCAGGGGAGCCCGGGCAGCCUUGAGCCCCUCUGAGCUGCAGUUUCCUCACCUGUAACAUGGGGAUAACUGUACAUUGCUUACCAGAUAUUUUGUGUGAGGAUUUUUAUGUUAAAAGCACUUGGCAUAUAGUAAAGUACAGUAAUACAGUACUACCAGCGGUAGUAUGUAUGGGUCAAUGUCAUGACCCACUGGUUUUUUUUUUUGAGACAAAGUCUCACUAUGUAGUUCAGGUUGGCCUCAAAUUUGAGGCGAUCCUCUUGGCUCAGCCUCCCUAGUAGUGGAAUUACAGGUGUGUGCCACCACACCCAGCCCACUGGCUUCUGACCACCAGAGGGCACCAGCAGGUACAGAUGAACUGGGUGAGGGACUGGACCAGAACUGGACUGCAGAACAGAAAAGAGUCCAAGUGGAUGUAGCAGCCCCUAGGCAGGGAGGCUCCAUCAGGCACCCAGGGAAGAGCUUUCAAGUGGGCUGGAUCUCUCCGAAAGUCGCUGCAACAGCCUGACGCUUGGGUGGGGUUUGGGCAGACAGUGCUACGUGGCCGACGAAGUGGAUGCCAGCAACUGGGCCCUGUAGCUGGGGACCCCAGAGCCCGGGUUAGGCUGGCAGCCUGGCUGGCCAUACCCAGAAGCCCUGAAUGUUGCCUGGGGAGCCUGCAGUCUUCAGCCUGUACCCCAUUGGGUGCUGUGGAGGAAACCCCUAAACCUCAGUAACCUCCCUCCCACUGGGCCCUUUGUCCCCAGACCUCCAAACAGCGCAGCGGGCUUUCUGACCCAGGCCAGCCAGGUCUCUGUGUUCCCCCACGCCUCUUCCUCCCCAGCCCACCAGAAAUUUCCCGCCCCAGAGGGCAGCCAAAAGUACAGGUGCCCAUCCCAGCGACGUUCCCGCCACCUGCCCGGCCCGGUGCCCUGGGCCCAACCCCAGAGGGUGUGGGAUGACAGACUCUGACAAUCAUUAAACCAGCCUGGCCUGAUUUCCCAGCACCGCCUGCUAGGACCCAGGCCAAGUGGCACCUAAUAUGCAAAUCACCUGGGGCCAGGAGCCCAGUCUGAAGGCCAGGAAAUCCCCUCUAUCCAAUGAGCCAGCAGCUCAGGUUACCGCCGGGAUCGCAGCAAGGGCCUGGUGCUGGGCGGAGCUCCUGCAUGGCCCUAUUAAGAGCGGGUGGGGGUGAGCGGCAGCCAGACUCCUCGAUGCUCCCUGGCGGAGCUUACAGCCACCUGGAUUUUCCUCACCUGUGACCUCCGAAGCCAGCCUGUCUGCUGACCACAUCUGCGCAGGUAGCCUCAUGGCUGCAACCUGUGAGAUUAGCAACGUUUUUAGCAACUACUUCAGUGCUAUGUACAGCGUGGAGGACCCCAGCCUGGCCCCUAUUCCCCCUGUUGCCACCUUUGGGGCUGACGACUUAGUGCUGUCCCUGAGUAACCCCCAGACGUCGCUGGAGGGCACCGAGAAGGCCAGCUGGUCUGGGGAGCAGCCGCAGUUCUGGUCGAAGGCUCAGGUUCUGGACUGGAUCAGCUACCAAGUGGAGAAGAACAAGUAUGACGCCAGCUCCAUUGACUUCUCACGGUGUGACAUGGAUGGGGCCACCCUUUGCAGCUGUGCCCUGGAGGAGCUGCGUCUGGUCUUCGGGCCCCUGGGGGACCAACUCCAUGCCCAGCUGCGGGAUCUCACCUCCAGCUCUUCCGAUGAACUCAGCUGGAUCAUUGAGCUGCUAGAGAAGGACAGCGGUGUGGCCUUCCAGGAGGCGCUCAGAGACCCGGGCCCCUUCGGUGAGAACCAGGGAAGCCCCUUCCCCCAGGAGCUGCCUGGGGUGAUGGAGGACAGCUGCCAGGCCAGCCCUUACUACGCCGCCAGCUAUGGCACUGGAGCUCCUUCCCCGGGCUGCUCCGAGGUCUCCACUGCAGGGACCGGCACUCCUCAGAGCUCCCACUCCUCAGACUCCGGUGGAAGCGACGUGGACUUGGACGCCACUGACAGCAAGCUCUUACCCAGAGACCGCUUUCCUGACUAUAAGAAGGGGGAACCGAAGCAUGGGAAGCGGAAACGAGGCCGGCCCCGGAAGCUGAGCAAAGAGUACUGGGAGUGCCUGGAGGGCAAGAAGGGCAAGCACGCCCCCAGAGGCACCCACCUGUGGGAGUUCAUCCGGGACAUCCUCAUCCACCCAGAGCUCAACGAGGGCCUCAUGAAAUGGGAGAAUCGGCAUGAGGGCGUCUUCAAGUUCCUGCGCUCUGAGGCCGUGGCCCAGCUUUGGGGCCAAAAGAAAAAGAACAGCAACAUGACCUAUGAGAAGCUGAGCCGCGCCAUGAGGUGGGUGAGCUGGCGCUGGGAUGAUGCCAGCCCUGUGAUGAUGUUGUUGGCGCUGCCCUGCCCUGUCCAGCCCCUGCUGGCUACACGUGACAGGUACUACUACAAACGAGAGAUCCUGGAGCGAGUGGAUGGCCGGCGGCUGGUCUACAAGUUCGGCAAAAACUCCAGUGGCUGGAAGGAAGAAGAGGUUGUGGAGAGCCGGAAGUAAAGGUCUGGACUAGACCUAGGACCAAACCCACAGACUGGACCGGGGCCACAGGUUCCUGGAGGACCAGCAGGCCGGACGCCCCUCCCCACCUCUAGGACACGCUCCCUGUGUGCUGCUAUGAGAAGCUGAAGGCUGGCGAGUGGCAGAGCCCUGGACUGCCUCCUGGCCUUGGAAUACAAGCUCUGGGAUCCAAAGUGACUUUCGCCAGUGUGGCUCGUCAUGAUCCCAAUGCUGGCUGUGGACGAGGCCUUCCUCCUGCCUGGACUCGGCCAAGGAAGAUGGGAGGCCGAAGGGGAGUGCGCUGGGACAUGGGACAGGGCUUCGGCCUCAAAUAUCUUCCUGGAUUGGCUUCCACACCUCCCUGCUCAGUGCUUGGGCUCCACAGGCGGGGGUCACAGCAUCCCUAAUUUAUGUGCUAUAAAUGUCAGAUGUACAUAGAGAUCUAUUUUUUCUAAAGCAUCCCUCUCCCCACACCUCCCCUCCAAAUGCUGGGGGCCAGCGGAAGGGGGAGUGAACCCUGCCAGAACCCUCAGGAUGGGGUCCUGGUUCCUUUCUCCUGUGAAUGGAGGCAGAGUCCUCCAAUAAAGUGCCCGCCGGGCUUUUUCUAACCUA